GAGGAGUUCACAUCAGCGGCAGAGAGCAGCGCGUGGACGGUCCCGUUUGAAGCGACGAACCACACCCCGAAACACAAGCCUCAAACCCGGAUUAAGACCUCAAAACUGGACCAGAUACUGAACCAAAACCAAGGAUGGCUUCACGCGCGAGGGAAGAGUCUUGCUGAGCCACAGGUUGAAUGAUGAAGUUCGGGAAGAGCGUGUGCGUACUGAACGUGGGGGGAACCCGUUACGCCUUCACCCGCGAAGUGAUUAGGGAUUUCCCUCUGAGGCGCGUGAGCCGUUUGCACGCGUGCGUCACCGAGAAAGAAGUCCUCGAGCUCUGUGAUGACUACGACCGGGACCGAAAUGAGUUUUUCUUUGACCGUCACGCGCAGGCUUUCGUGUUCAUCAUGCUGUACGUGCGCUCCGGUAAACUCCGCUUCGUGCCCGGGGUCUGUGAGCUCUCCUUUUACUCCGAGAUGCUCUACUGGGGUUUGGAGAGCGCGCAUCUGGACUCGUGCUGCCAGAAGCGCCUGGAUGACCGCAUGUCAGAGAUCGGACUGGACACUUUGUCCGCGGACGAAGAAGAGCCACAGAGUCCGGGGGAGGCAGAGCUCACCGGCCGCGCCAGAUGGAUGGAAAAGAUGCGAAAAACAUUUGAGGAGCCCAACUCGUCUGUCGCGGCGCAGCUUUUAGCGACUAUCUCUGUGAUUUUUGUCAUUCUUUCUAUGGUUAUGCUUUGUGCCAGCACUUUACCGGACUGGGACACGGCGAAGAGGAACACCGUGGAGGAACACAGGAUCGUGGAGGCCGUUUGCAUUGGCUGGUUCACCGCCGAGUGCAUUGUGCGGUUUCUGGUCGCCCGGAACAAAUGGGAUUUCCUUCGCCGUCCUUUAAACAUCAUUGACGUCAUCGCUAUUACCCCUUACUACGUUACCAUGGCGCUGGCCGGAGCGGGGAUGCCUGGAGCCGGACUCGGAGUGGCGGGGAUCAUCUUACGAGUUUUACGAAUGAUGCGGGUUUUCUGGCUCAUGAAGCUGGCGCGGCACUUCCUGGGUCUGCAGACUCUCGGGCUGACGCUGCGCCGGUGCUACAGGGAAAUGGUCAUGCUCAUGGUUUUCGUGUUCGUUGCCAUGGCGAUAUACAGCGCUCUAGCCCAGUUGCUCGAGCACGGCUUGGACACGGAGUCGCCCAACAACGAUUACGCCAGCAUCCCGGCAGCGGCGUGGUGGGUGAUCAUCUCCAUGACGACGGUCGGGUACGGCGACGUGUACCCGGUCACGGUCGCAGGACGGGUGCUGGGCGGGUUUUGCGUCGUUAGCGGGAUUGUCCUGCUGGCGUUGCCCAUAACUUUUAUCUACCACAGUUUUGUACAGUGCUACCACGAACUGAAACUUCGCUCGGCCAGAUACGCACGAAGUCUGGUAGCAGUCGACAUAACACAGUGAAAUUUUACAAACUUUAUGAACUUGAACACAACAUGGACCUAAACCUUUACCCCGUCCGGCUCUGUCCCUUUAUUUGUAUAGCAUAAGACGAUCUACUGUGUAUUGAAAUAAAAAAAAAAAGCUAUAAAUACCAUAGACUGUAUAAAAACGUGGACUAAGCGUUCGGCUCCAGUCAAAUGAAGCUCAUCGAGGCUGUGGUUAUAGGAGCGGAUUUGGAGUCAGGUCCAGAUUAGGAAUAGGAAAUAGCAAAAUAAAAACACCAGGAUCAUAUAAAGUGAGUGAAUACGAAUAUUUUAAAACCAAAAUGAUGAAGCUCACAGCAGCAGUUACAGAGAGAGGGACGACAAGUUUUUCAAUGUGAAGUCAACUGGAGCCAGAGUCGAUGGAGCAGGAAGCGCCCCCAUGCUCACUUCCUAUUUGGAUUUGGCUAGCGUGUGAGCAAUGUCCGUUUUUAUACAUAGCAAAAAUUAGAGGGAUAAAAUUUCAGGGUAAAAUACUACUGCUACUACUUAAUAUAGAAUUGUUUUUAACAUAAAAAGUGUUAUUUUAACUAUUUGAAAGUUAAAUGGGGGUUUGAGUUGGGGUUAUUUGCCAGAGUUGAUAUGGUUGACAUUAAUUCAACUUCCUCUAGUGUUAAUUCAACUUCCCUUAGUGUUAAUUCAACUUCUCUUAGUGUUAAUUCAACUUCCCUUAGUGUUAAUUCAACUUCUCUUAGUGUAAAUUCAACUUCUCUGUUAAUUCAGCUUCCCCUAGUGUUAAUUUAACUUCUCUUUGUGCUAUUUCAACUUCCCUUAGUGUUAAUUUGGCUCCUCCCACCCACCACUUCAAACUCCUGCGAGAGAAUGCACAAUUUCAUCUUAAAUUUACUAAAAUAAAGCGUAAAAAUAAAACUCAUCUGUGUGAUGUUUGGCUAAAUCAGAAUAACCCUACACAGUGUUAUUUGUUUACUCUCAAAACGUUAAUAUAACUCUUAAUUUUGGGGUUAAACAACAGCUUUGGUCCAGUGUUACCUAAUUAAUAUUUCCAAAAAUGUUAAAUGAACUCUAGAAGAGAUUGGACUCAUAUAAACCCUGAGAAAAUGUUAAGAUAGAUUCUGUGAGAGUUAAUUUUACCACUCCACUUUUUGCUGUGUAUACUGUCUGGGAUAAUACAUAUAAAUAAUAAUAUAUAUAUAAGAAUAACUUGGCCAGUCAAUGAAAGAUGCUGCUGUUUAGAAUAGAUCUAUUUCCUGGAGACAGCUCAGAAUGAAAGUAGAUUAAAUUAAUCAAGCCUCAAUUAAUUAUAAACAGCUUUCUCAUGUCUACCUUUACAUCCUCACCUUCUUUCAUUUCUAUCAGGUUCCAGUGUAAUGUAGACGCUAUUUCACAAAGCGGCAUCACAUAACAAGCACAGUGGCAGACGUUGUUCAUUUUACGGGUCGACCUGGGUCAGGUUUGCUAAUUGCUCACCACUUCCUGUUCUGUGGUCGAUAUGCCCCAUGGCUGCACAGCUUUGCUACGAGCACACUGGGUAAAUUAUGCUUUAAGGAUUCAUAUUAUGCUUUUUUAUAAUGUUUCCUCAUCAAAAACAGACCUGGAGUUGUGUUUUGUUUCAUUCACACAUGUUUCACACACGAAUCCUGCAAUAUUUAGGCUGAGUUCUUCUCCCCAACAGAAAAUACUCCAACGUGUGGUAAUACAGAAAGCGCUCCACUGUGUUUUUAAACUCCAUACACCUUCAUUAGAAUCAUUUGGAUAAUUUCAUGCCUGGAAUUGCCAAUCGCACUAAAGGUAAAGGUGUUAAUUUGUAGAUUAAUAAAGCAGGAUUACUCAAAUGUGCGAAUGAAACAACAAAAACACAACUCCAGGUCUGUUUUUGUUGAGUAAAGAGUGAAUUUUGUGUAAUAUUGGACCUUUGAAAUGAACAUAUCAUGCAUCAUUUCGACUUUUUAAUCGUGCUUUUUGUAACGUCUUUAUUUAAUAGAAACUUCAGAUAAUGUGUCAGGAAAACACGCUGAAUUUCCUAAUAAUUCGAUUUGCUUUAGAGCCAUGAAAAAAAAUUUAAAAGCCUUUGAGCAGCCAUUUAGCAACAUGAAUAUAAUGCUAUUACUAACAUUUUAUUUUGUAAGUAAAAAUGGCACUCAAGGCUUCCCGAUCUAUUACGUAAUAACAACACUGCAGCAGAGUGAUUUCUGUGAGUGUUCAGUGAAGGAAACCCUCAUGAUCAGGAUUAGUUAAACGAAGCCUGAAUGAAGCAAAACAAUCAAGCAAAGCAAAGGAAGUAAUGUAGUUAAGUAGUAGUGUAGUUUUCACUUUAAAAUGUGCUCAAGUAAAGUAUAGGUAUCUAAAAUAUUGACUUAAGUAUAGUACUUUAUUCAUUUUACUUCUUUAUGUUCCACCACGAUGAGUUAGUACAAUGAUUUUUGACUGAAUAAGGACAUUUUCACAACUCUGAUUUGCUGAAGAGUAAAGGUCUGGCUGGCCAGGCAAACAUUUAAACAACAUAUUGUUCAACUAAAAGCACAAUUCUUUCUAAAACAUAAAGGAAAUGAGAUACAUAAAUCACUUGUUAAAGGUGCACUGUGUAACAUUUCUAGUAGAGGGUCCAACACCUGAUGUCUCCAUGGAAAUGUUAUUGCUUUGUCUAGAACGUUUCACAGUUUAGAUUAAAACUGUCUUUCAUGAGGGAGACAAGCAGGUUACAGCACUACACUACAUUACAGUUCAGAUCUGUGGAGAGUCGCAGAAGUUAUUAUUGUAUUUUUGAGCAACAGAAACCAGAGAUGGGGACUUGCAAGUCGUGACUAAGACUCAAGUCAGACUUGAGGCACUAUUUUUAGGACUUGAGACUUGACUUGAUAAAAUGGAGUAAGACUUGGGACUUGACUCAGACUUGAGGCCUGUGACUUGAGAAGACUUGAUGCUUCUCCUAAAAUAAUAUGUUUUUAGAAAAUACUUUUUUCUUUACAGUUGAUUAAUGCGGUGCUUAAUUUUACGGGAACAAACUGGAACAUGUCCCUCCUGAUUCUGUUUGGUACUUUGGAUGUAACUGAAGUACUGUGAUACGGUGUCAUCAAAUGUACUACAGUAAUAUACAGAACAACACAGUACAGUACAGUAAUGUACAGUGACAUACAGGACAAUACAGUAAAACAAAGAACUACAAAGAACAUGAUCCUUCUAUUUUAGUGCAGACUACCUGAUACAAUAACUGUUACUAAGCACUUUUAAAUCUUAAUUCUUAAUAUUCUGGCCAUAAUGAUUCACACUAAGAUCUUAUCAAGGAAAAAUUUGCAUUUCUACAACUCUUAUAUAAAUAUUCAUAUAUAAAUAUACCUUGAUUUUCUGAGCACAAUUUAGUUUAAAAUUCAUAUAAAGUGCAAAAAUCUAAGCUACAGUAUAUGUGGUAUUUUGGUUUAAAGACUUGAAAUGACUUGAAGCUCAAAGCAGACGACUCGGACUUGACUGGAUCUUAUGGGCCAGUGACUCGAGACUCGACUUAGACUUGCCUGCGUUUGACCUGGGACUUGACUCGGACUUGAGGUCAAAGACUUGAGACUGACUUGAGACUUGCAAAACAACGACUCGGUCCCACCUCUGAUAGAAACACCCGUAAUGAAUAAACAAAUAAAUGCUAGUUGGAUGCGUUUAAUGUCACACUGUGGUACAUUCCUGGCAAAGCAAUAACAUCUGCAAGAUCCUCCAUCCGAAACAUUUAGCAAUACACCUUUAAAUUUAGACACAAAUAUGGACAGAUAGAUAAUUCCUGCUCUGUUUCAACAAAUGUAAAGAAGACAUUUCAAGCUGCAUUUCAAACGGUAAAACGAUUUGUGUAGCCAUUGUUCUUCAGAUCUUUUAUGGAGGGAUGCUUUGCCUUGACUGAACUAUUCCAGCUCCAUUGAUUCUCACAGUUCUUCAUAAUACCAGCACUCUUUGUCUAUGGCUUUGUGUGUAGUCACUUUCUACAGGAGACUGCGCUUCGACAUUGUGUUCCCUUGUUGUCCUUGGUGUGUGAGACUUUUUAGGGUCUCGUCAUCACUGAUUGUGUUGAUAAAAUGUUGUUUGAUUACCUUUCAGAACCAGCUAAAUCCAAAUUAUGAAGCCGACUGAAUGUACAAAUGUGUAAAGCACCAUUUUGAACUGUGUACGGCGAUUUCAAAUGUUGUUGUUUCAACUUUGUGUCGAUGAAAACAUGUUUGUAAAAAGUGAAUAGUUCUUGUUCUGUUUUCUUGUCAAUUAUGAUGAUACAGAAAAUGAAUAUAAUACAAUUCAUUUCAUUUAAAUGUAAAUGCAGAUCUUUUCUUUCUUUUGUACAAUGUCUUCAUUUUGUCUCUGAAUUGUCAUUUUGUCAAAUAAAAGCUAAAGGUAAAAAAUAAUUAAAAAUAAAAUGAAUUUUGCACAAAAAGUAUGA